AGAAUCGCGAAUACCCGUACGGACGCUGGGCAUCGCGACGCUCAAACAGUUAGUGCCGAACAGCAGUCGCCGCAAACGACGACGUGUCCACUUCUCAAUUAAUUUUAGCGAUCGAGCGACUAAAAAGGAAAUCGACCAAAAAUGUUUAAAAACCACUUAGAAAUGAUAAGCCGAAAUGAAUCGGCAUCAAAAAAAGCCAAAUUCUGGCAGUCUUUUGUCAGAUCUCUUAAAGGGUCGGAUGACUUGAGGGCUCCGGAGAGCACCUACUACAGCAGACCCCGUGGCAUUUUCCGCCCAAUUUCAGACUUUCCCGAGUUCAGUUCGACCUGGCCCUAUGGAAAAUCCAUCUACGACGAGCCGUCUGCCGCCGCUGAACGUAUUAACACUGCUGGAUAUCGCUACGACCCCGUUCACAGGGAUAUCUAUGGAUACUCUCCACGUGCCAUUUACCCACACAACUACGGUUACAAUCCUAUCGAAAGAUACCGACCUGUUUUUCACAUCCCAAAACUAAGGCCAUUCGAUGCAGAAGCGGCAUGGAAAGACCAUUUGGCUCGUAAGGCAGAACGUGAACGUAGAUAUCCAUCUGCCUUCGACAACUUUAGGACAACCUAUCCCUUCAGUCGCUAUCCUCUAUACUUGGUUUACAGUAAGAGGCCCAAGCUACCGUUCGAAGACAAAUGGGAACCCCACAGUUCUUGGUUAGAUCAUCUUAACCGCCUGUCCGACUUAGACAGACUAUUCCCUGGAAGAUCCUUGUUCCCAUACGAUAAAUGGUCGCCCACCCCAAUCAAGAUUGGCGAAUUCGCUCCUCGACCAAGUGAAGUAGCUUUCAACUAUUUCGGUCAACCGAUUUACUCUCGCGGAGGCCUUCGCCCAAGUAAGAGACUCCUAUGGUACGACCUGUUAAAUCCUUCCCCUUUCCUACCCGUUUCCUCAAUUACUCGCGACCCCUGGUGGUGGAAUUACCCCGAACUACGACCCUACAGACCAUACACUGGUUGGGGAAAGUCCCCUUUCUAUCUCAGAGAUUCUUAUCUUUCUCCUGUCAAGAGGACUUACCUAUGGGAUAAACACCCAAUCAGACCGUUCGCUGCCCUAUAAACACCUAAUUUAAGACACUAUAUAAUCGUUUGUGGACUGACUGCUUUAUAAAUCAACAUUUAUUUUAUUUUAUCAAACUGGCACUUCAAAAUGUUUUGGAAACAUCUUACAAUUAGCAGCAUCAAUC